AUGGGGUCAGUCUUUCUCCCACAUUUGCAUUCCGGGUGGCACGUUGACCAGGCUAUAUUAUCUGAGGAUGAAAGAUUGGUGAUAGUAAGAUUUGGUAGAGAUUAUGAAAAAGACUGUAUGAUAACUGAUGAGGUCUUAUUUGGAAUUGCAGAAAAGGUUAAGAAUUUUGCCACAAUAUACUUAUGUGAUAUCGAUGAAGUUCCAGAUUUCAAUUCGAUGUAUGAGUUAUACGAUCCGUGUACAAUAAUGUUUUUUUAUAGAAAUAAACAUAUGAUGUGUGAUUUUGGUACAGGGAAUAAUAAUAAGCUAAAUUUUUUAGUGCCCGAUAAGCAAGAAAUGAUUGACAUAAUAGAGACGAUAUAUAGGGGAGCGAGAAAGGGUAAAGGUUUGGUGAUAAGUCCGAAAGAUUACAGUUCGAGUCGUAGGCCAUAA